AUUUCCAAUUUUUUCUAAUAUUUUAUCUGCCAGGGUUUUGAGUACAGCAGGAGUGGAAAUCCCACAAGAAACUGUCUUGAGAGAGCAGUUGCUGCUUUGGAUGGUGCACAAUACUGUAUGGCUCUUGCCUCUGGAUUGGCUGCAACUUUGACCAUCACACAUCUUUUUAAGGCUGGAGAUGGAAUUUUGUGCAUGAAUGAUGUUUAUGGGGGAACUAACCGGUAUUUCAGAAAAAUAGCUGCAGAAGUUGGCUUUGAUGUCUCUUUUGCUGACCUCUCAAAGAUAGUGGAGAUAAAAGCAGCUCUAAAACCAAAUACAAAGAUGGUAUGGAUUGAAACGCCCACAAACCCUACAAUGAAGGUUGUGGACAUCCAGGGCUGUGCAGAUAUUGUCCAUGAGUACAACAAGGACAUAAUUGUUGUUGUGGACAACACUUUCAUGUCAGCCUACUUUCAGCGCCCCCUUGCACUUGGAGCAGACAUCUGCAUGUACUCUGCAACAAAAUACAUGAAUGGUCACAGUGAUGUUGUGAUGGGACUGAUUUCUCUCAACCGUGAUGAUCUCUAUGAACGACUGAAGUUUUUGCAGAAUGGUCUUGGGGCUGUGCCUUCUCCAUUUGACUGUUAUAUGUGCAAUCGGGGUCUGAAGACUCUCCACCUGAGAAUGAAGCAGCACUUUAAGAACGCAAUGGCCGCGGCACAGUUUCUGGAGGCCGAUCCAAGAGUGGACAGAGUCAUCUUCCCAGGUCUUCCAUCCCACCCUCAGCAUGAGCUGACAAAGAGACAGUGCACAGGCUGUCCUGGGAUGAUCACUUUCUACAUCAAAGGAAAACUGGAGCACGCCUCAACUUUUCUCAGCAAUCUAAAGUUGUUUGCACUUGCUGAAAGUCUUGGUGGUUAUGAGAGUCUAGCAGAGCACCCAGCAAGUAUGACUCAUGCUUCAGUGUCUGAGGAUGAGAGGAAAGAGUUGGGCAUCAGUGAUAUGCUCGUUCGUUUGUCUGUGGGUCUGGAGGAUGAGGAAGAUAUUAUUGCAGACCUAGACCAAGCCCUCGCUGCUGCACAUCCAAAAAAGUAAGAGGCUGAUCAAGCUCGAUCAAGAACAGUGGUGCCACAUCUGGACAAGACAAGGACACUCUUUUGUGGCACAUUUUUAAUUUACCUAGUAUAUGACAGUUAUGCUUGAAAAAAAUGGAAUUGCAUUUGUCAGGGAACAAAUAUCCUUAAGAAACUCAUUAGCCAUAUUCGAAAUACAGGAGAUUUGCUGCUUUUGUGUUUCUACUUUUUGUAAUUAUAGUUUGAUGAGGUAGUUGGGUUCUAAACAGGCUCCACUAUUAAAAUGUUUAAUACAGGAAAAAGCCAGGACUGCAAGGGAAAUCUGAUGAUAUGCAAAUGAAGAUUAAAAAAAAAAUUUUUUUUUGUAAGCACUGUGAUUCAAGAUAAUUCAGCAAGAAGGACAAGCAGCACAAAAGACAGUUUACACAGUCUUUAUUUUCUGCAUCAAAGAACAUGCUUA